AGAGAGCUCUUGGUGUAAUUGAUUGCCUCCCUGUCAGUGAUAGCAGUCAGUUAGGGGUGGCCAAUAGGUUGCCGCUUUCGGUGAAUCACCGUCGGCCAGUUAUGUUGGGCUUUUGACGGCUGCGUCGGCCAGACAGAGUGGAUCAGUAGCUCGGGGACUUCACGGGAACUCAACAUAGUUUCCUCGGGUUCUAGUUGCAAAGCAGCCGACAUGCGAUUGCACGGGCUCCUGUGAUCCACUGGAUUUGUACUUGCUUCGCCCCUGGUCUCUUUCUAACUUUAAAGAAAAAUAUAAAGCCGGCCUACCUGGCUGCGCGACUCUUUGCUCUUUUCGCGUUUGGCAUUGACCGGUUUACGCUGAGAAAUAAGAAAGUGGUAGUCAGGAAACCAUGACCUCGAAAGACGACGUCAAAUGUUCCCCCGCGGUGCUGGAGGAGCGGAGACGCAGUCCGCUGGACCACCUCCCGCCGCCGGCCAACUCCAACAAGCCGCUCACUCCGUUCAGUAUCGAGGACAUCCUGAGCAAACCGGCGGUGAAACGGAGCUACUCCAUCUGCGGCGCGGCCCACCUCAUCUCGUGCGAGAAGACUGCGGGCCACGGGCUGUCCGGCCGGGCCCUGCUGAGCCAGACGUCCCCGCUGUGCGCGCUGGAGGAGCUGGCCAGUAAGACGUUCAAGGGGCUGGAGGUCAGCGUCCUACAAGCCGCCGAGGGUAGGGACGGACUGACGCUGUUCGGCCAGCGGAAUACUCCCAAAAAGCGACGAAAGUCGCGCACGGCCUUCACCAACCACCAGAUCUACGAGCUGGAGAAGCGCUUCUUGUACCAGAAGUACCUGAGCCCGGCGGACCGCGACCAGAUCGCCCAGCAGUUGGGUCUCACCAACGCGCAGGUCAUCACCUGGUUCCAGAACCGCCGCGCCAAGCUCAAGCGGGAUCUUGAAGAGAUGAAGGCGGACGUGGAGUCGGCGAAGGCGGUCGGUGUGGUGGCCUUCGAGAAGCUCGCCAAACUGGCGGAGCUGGAGAAAUGCGCAGCCAACGGCGCGUCGCCGCUGCAGAACCACAGCGAGAUGGACUCGUCCUCCUCUUCCUCGCCGCGAUCGAACCUGGAACGCGACACGUCGGACACGAACCACCUACUGACGGCGUCCUCGUCGCCCGCCGCGUCGCCGUGCACGGAUGGCUCGAGCGUCAAGUGCGGCUCGGAGGACGAGGACGAGGAGAUCGAGGUGGACGACUAGCUGGUGCACGAGACUCACCCGAUGAAGUGCCCCAGUAAUGCAAGACUUCGCAGGCAAAAUAAACUGUACGAUGUGGAUGAGGAAUUAACGCAUAACGCAUUACGCACGGACCGCCGUGUUGCCAUAACAUAAAAUUAAGCUUAAUUUGUAAUACAGUGGUCUCAUAUAGCAGGGGUCAUUUUGUUAUGUUGCAUUUUAUUCAUAUGUUGGGAUUCAAGGGAAGCCUCCGUUUUUUUAAAAAGAAUAUAUGUAGGCCGGCCUAUGUCAAAAUACACAUGCAUACAAGUCCCACAUUUACCUCUCACACACACACGCACACGCAGACGCACACACAC